GUUUUAUUCUGCCCUAAACAUUAAAGUGAUAAUUCUGUGUUUUUCUGCAGAUUUACUGAGGUUUUUUAUGAGAAUAGAGAAUCUGUUGUUCAGUUUCUGAUGAAUCUGUUCACCGCAGCAUCAGAGUUUGACACAAACACAGAAGAAAAAUACACUAAACUAUUAACAUCUGUGUGCUGCUACACAACUUUCCCCUGUGAUGAUGAUGAUUUUGAGUAUCAGAUUGACCGGUGUGAUUUUCUGUUGGAUCUGUGCUCACAUGUGAAGAACUAUGUGAGUCAAACAGGCAAGAGUCUACUACCAGCAUUACAGUCAAUUUAUCAGUCAACUCCUGCAGUCUGGACCAUAAACCUCUCAGAGAGAAAGACCUCCAUCCUCCUAGAAGUGCUGAAACUCCAAACAGAGAAGAAACCAGUAAAGCUGAUAGACUGGACAGAUGAUGAGAGUGAAGUGAGAGGAUUCAUUCAGUGUCUGCCAUACAUCUCACAACUGAGAUUUGAUCCAUUGUCCUGUCAGCGUGAGCCUAAAAAGUGUUUCCAAUUCCUUGUGAAUCUGUUCACUGCAGCAUCAGAUUGUGAAACAGAUACAGAAAUAAAUUACACUGAACUAUUAACAUCUGUGUCCAGCUACACAACUUUCCCCUGUGAGGACAGAAACCUUUGUGGUUUUCAGUUUAACAUUGUUCAAUCUGGUUUCUUGCUGGAUCUGUACUCGCAUGUGAAGGACUAUGAGAGUCAAACAGGCAGGAGUGUCCUACCAGCAUUACAGUCAAUUUAUCAGUCAUCUCCUGCAGUCUGGACCAUAAACCUCUCAGAGAGAAAGACCUCCAUCCUCCUAGAAGUGCUGAAACUCCAAACAGAGAAGAAACCAGUAGAGCUGAUAGACUGGACAGAUGAUGAGAGUGAAGUGAGAGGAUUCAUUCAGUGUCUGCCAUACAUCUCACAACUGAGGUAAGAGCUGUACAGGAAAAUAACACAACUUUUUAAACCCCUGCAGAGCAAGAGCUAUUGAUGAAAGGUCAUUGGGAACUUUUUAUGACCCUGCAUUUGUAAACCCAGCUAGAGCUAUUUCUGUGAUUUACAGUUUUUUUUUUUUUUUACAUAAAAUCACUCUACAUAAAACAAUCAGUGAAAAUAUAUAAAGAGUUUGAUUCCAAAACGAGAUG